AUGCCUCGCGAGUCGUGCAUGCUGGCCGCAGUCGAAAUUUACGAUCUGUACAAGAACAUUCUCAACAGCGUCCCACCUGAAAUCAAGAACAUGUCGUCCCUUCGGCAGCUCAAUCUGAGUCGCAACCUGCUCGUGUCGCUCCCAGAGGAAAUCUGCGAGCUGCCACUCGAAACACUCGACCUGAGCAACAAUCGCAUGACACAACUGCCCGACGGGUUUGGUCGGUUGACAUCACUUCGCCAGCUGAAUGCCAGUAAUAACGAAAUCAAACUCCUCCCACACGCCAUUUCGCGCCUGCGGCAUUUGACUGGACUGGACGUGGCCCGAAACCAAAUUAGCGAACUUCCUGCAGACCUGGGAGAGUUGGCCCUGACGUCCCUGGACUUUUCCCACAACGCUGUCACGGCCAUCCCGACCUCGUUUGCCAAUAACGUUUCCAUUUUGAAAUUCGGAUACGAAAACAAUCCCCUGUCCGUCCCGCCACCGCACGUCUGUUCGCGCGGUCGUGUGCACAUCUUCAAAUUCCUGCAGGAAGUCCUUCUCAAUCCCAAUUACUCCAACGGUGGCAGCGAUAGUCCGGACGCUGAGGCAGAGGUCGACCAGCUUCGUCAGCUUCUCGACGAAGAGGAAGCCAAGCAGACUGCGCAAGACCUGGCCCGAGCAGCAGAGGAGAAGGCUGCUGCCGACGCCAAAGCAGCCAAAGAACAAGCAGCGGCGGAAGCCAAGGCAGCGGCUCGAGCCAAGGCUGCUGCAGAGGCAAAGGUUGCAGAGGCAAAAGCAGCGGCAGAGGCAAGGGCUGCUGCAGAGGCAAAAGCAGCGGCCGAAGCAAAAGCAGCGGCAGAUGCCAACGAUGCCGCUGAAGCAAAGGCUGCUGCAGACGCCAAAGCAGCGGCAGAUGCAAAAGCAGCGGCCGAAGCAAAAGCAGCGGCAGAUGCAAAGGCAGCGGCAGAUGCAAACGCAGCGGCAGACGCAAAAGCAGCGGCAGAUGCAAAAGCAGCGGCAGACGCAAAGGCUGCUGCAGACGCCAAAGCCGCAGCCCUUCGGCGCCAACAGGAGCAAGACGUUCUUGCUGCCAAGCGCAAGACACAAGACGAUGCAGCUGCUCGCAAGAAGCAGGCCGAGGCCGAGGCUCGGCUGUUCAACGAAAAACGCGAGGCGGCACAGGCCAAAGCCGCGCUGGCUCGUCGACGACGCAUGGACAUUGACGACGAUGACGACGACAUGGAUACUGCUGCUGCCCGACUUGAGGAGCUCGAGGCGGCCACUGCCGAAGCACGGCGUGAAGCUGAGCAGGCUGCUGCUGCUGCCGCCGCCGCAGAACCAGUGACCGCACACCACGAUUUGUUGAAUGCCGCCUUGGGCAGCGAGGGCCCACGACGCACUUCUAUCGACGGUACUCUUGACACGCCAGACACUCGAGAACAAUCGCGCAUCCGCUCGCUCGAGGCUCGACAGAAGCAAACAUCCGAAGAGGCUGCGCGCCGCGCCGCCGAGGACGAGGUGUUGCGCCGCGAAAUCAACGAAGAGCGCGCCAAGCGACGACGAUCGAUGCGCGAAAAGGACCAUUCGGCAGAAGCGGAAUCGACCGAAUCCACACCUGCCGCCUCAGCCCCAUCUUCGCGCCCAUUAUCUGCGUCGUUCUCGCGCUCAACAGAGCGACUGAACGAAGUCACACCACCGACCUCAGCCACAACCCACUCGUCCACAACCACUCCGACGUCAGAGCGCCGCGGCUCUGCAGAAGUGUUGUCACAGCCGCGAUCUGCGACCCGGAUGCCUCCUCGACAGCCCUCUGUCGAUUUUGCUGCCGCCUCGACGCCGCCAGCAUCGUCAUCGCCGACCGCCAUGCGCAAGGCCCCCGAGGCAUUCACUGCAGCAGCUGCGGCCGCCAACGCGCGCCGCGAACGGUUUGCCCAGUCUGGCUCGGGUUCCAGCAUGCGAGAUGUUCAUGCCGAGCCACGCAGGUCGCUUCGCAUGUCAACCUCCAUGUCUGGUCUCUUCUCGGUCGCCACGUCCUCUCUGGAAACACUGUCUAACUCGGCCAUGGGAUCGGUCUCGGACGAUGAGCGUCUUGAACUGAUCCUGGCAGAAGUUCAGCGUAUUGCUCUCGGCAACGGCAUGAGUAUCCAAGCGCCUGGCAGUCGUGUGAAGAAGCAUGCCAAGGAGCUGCGUGGUGGCGUCUUUACUCUUCGUCGAGGCUCUCACAAGCUCUUCUUGCUCAUGAAGGAGUUUUACGACGUGCAAACGGCAAUUGAGACCAGACUCGGCGUUACUCUGAACCUCGUUGGCUCCCCGGACGAGCUUCCGGAAGCUUUGUCCGACGGCAUUCAUCUCUGCCGCACCAUCAAUGCAUUCAAGCCAGGCACCAUUUCUCAUAUUCAUGAACGCGAAUCCGCAAGUUCUCCCUUGUCACUGAUUCGCUGCCGUCUGAAUGUGGAGUCGUUCUUGGCGGGCUGCCGUGCACUCGGUGUCCCGUCCGAGGCUAUCUGCUCGCCUCAAGAAAUCCUGCAGCCUCGCGAGGGAAUCAAGUGGCUGGACUGCGUCCAGUCGCUCUUGGCGUUGACGUAUGAGCAGGCCCCUGUUCCCGCUUCAGCUGCAGCUGCCGUGACCGAAUCGCCCACCUCCGCUUCGCUUGCGGUGACUAUGGCGACGCCUGUUGCCGCUUCUCCCUCUCCACGAACACGCGUCGUCCUUGAAGGCUCAUCCGUGUAG